AUGAAGGGCGCACUCAUUGCAGCAGCUUCGCUGCUUGGCUCGGUGAGCGCGGGCGUCCACAAGAUGCCCUUGAAGAAGAUCUCUCUUUCCGAGCAGCUGGCCGGUGCCAACAUCGAUACGCAUGUGAGGCAGCUCGGCCAGAAGUAUAUGGGCAUCCGGCCUGAGUCGCACGCCGAGGAGAUGUUCAAGGACACCUCCGUCAAGGAGAACGGCGUACACCCGGUCCCCAUCAGCAACUUCUUGAACGCCCAAUACUUCUCCGAGAUCACCAUCGGUACCCCACCACAGACAUUCAAGGUCGUCCUUGAUACCGGAAGCUCCAACUUGUGGGUUCCAUCCGUCGAGUGCGGUUCAAUCGCCUGUUAUCUUCACACCAAGUACGAUUCGUCAGCUUCGUCGACAUAUCAGAAGAACGGCUCCUCAUUCGAGAUCCGAUAUGGCUCUGGUAGCCUGAGCGGGUUCGUCUCUCAAGACGUCAUGUCAAUCGGAGACCUCGAGAUCAAGAACCAAAUAUUCGCCGAGGCCACCGAGGAGCCCGGCCUUGCAUUUGCAUUUGGUCGCUUUGAUGGGAUCUUGGGUCUUGGAUUUGAUACCAUUUCCGUCAACAAGAUCCCCCCACCAUUCUACAACAUGCUUGACCAGAAGCUGUUGGAUGAGCCUGUUUUCGCUUUCUUCCUCGGCGAUACUAACGAGGGAGAGGAAUCCGAGGUCACCUUCGGUGGCGUCAACAAGGACCACUACACUGGCAAGAUAACUGAGAUUCCAUUGAGACGCAAGGCGUACUGGGAGGUCGACCUUGAUGCCAUCACUUUCGGCGAUUCUACUGCCGAGCUUGAUAACACUGGUGUCAUUCUUGAUACCGGAACUUCCCUCAUCGCUCUCCCAUCGACUCUUGCUGAACUCUUGAACAAGGAAAUUGGUGCCAAGAAGGGCUACAACGGACAGUAUUCUAUUGAAUGCGACAAGCGUGCGAGCUUGCCAGAUAUUGCGUUCACCCUCAGCGGCUACGAUUUCAGCAUUACCGCAUUCGACUAUAUCCUUGAAAUCCAAGGCUCCUGCAUCUCCAGCUUUAUGGGAAUGGACUUCCCCGAGCCGGUCGGCCCUCUGGCCAUCCUCGGUGACGCAUUCCUCCGAAAGUGGUAUUCCGUCUACGACCAUGGCAAGGGAACGGUUGGCCUGGCUAAGUCCAAGGCGUAG